CUGGGGGGGAGAUUUAAAGGGCCUUAGCACGGCUGGGACUAAACUCGAAGGCCUGUCUCUGUCUCUGUUUCUGUUUGAGAUGGGAAUCUGAACUCAAUUUUCACGAUACAACAGACGAAAUGACAACGCGAAACAUCAGGAUUGCAACGAAACCAGGACUCAAAUAAGAGAAGUCCUAAUACAACUGCAUAUCAAGCAUCCCACGCAUGGUGCAAGGUUUUGCGUCAAAUACCCCUCGGAAUGGGUGGUCACUCUAAUCAUGGUCGAGGGUUUUGAUAAGAACAGCCACAGCGAAGACUGAACCACUAAAUCAUCGACAAUCCCUGACUGCCCUGGAACCAUGAGAAGUUUCAAUUACGCAGAUCGUCGAAGUUGCGAACCCCCAACGAUGAAACAGUAUAAUAACUUGAAGCAUAACUCAGAGCAUCAUACGGCUCAUUCUUCACAAUGACGAUAUACUGAACCAACAUUAAACUUAGCCAUUGCCAGCCCUCAGCUCGGUUCGAUUGCCUUCGAACAACAGCGUCUUAGGGCAUGGAUGUUUUCAAGGUAGUGGAGACCAUCAGCCCGGGCUAGGAGCCUCCUCCUGCAGACCACAGUACAUGGUAUCAUCGUGGUCACUCCAACAGGUUUACGCAGUCUCCUCCCGCGGAACGCUACGCUGAACCGGCUGCGUUCCAAACACUUUAGUGGGAUGUUCAAGGGCUUCGGCAAAGCAUAGCAAAGCCUCCGGUUCGUCCAUGUAGCGAAACUCAGUCAAGACCUGAAGUAUGGAUACUCGACACAUCACCAAAUCCACAAGCUGUCUCAAGUACCGCUGUCUCGAACACUAACACGAAGUGAGCUUUGGUACAGGGCAACAGCUGCAUGAGGAUGGGUCACCUCCGCCAAUGACCAACCACUCAAGUCUGUUUAUUGUCAAGGGCAGCUAAAACCUAUGUUUUUGCAUGAUAGUAUCCAGAUCCAAGACGAUCAUUUGGUCAAGCAGUCCACCGCAUAAUAAGCACAACAGACUGUAACCAGAGAAAACACCAACACAAACCACACAUCGUGUCCAUCAUCAGCUGUGUUUCGCUUCGUUGCUAAUGUUAGGCCAAGAUUCGAUCACACGGCGUCCCCACACAAGACAAGGUCCUCGUCUGGUGUCUGUGUGACUUGUCCCAGGACGAACAAGGGAGCUGAUUCGAGGGUUGACCCAUGCAAGCCGGCCUCUCACCAAGAGUCCGGCACCGGCUCAGCCACUAGCAACUCGUCAUUGAAUAUAUCAGACUUUCAGGGACCUUAUUUGGCCGGCACUGCAGAAUGCAGAAUGGCAAUGUGCACACAGACCAAAAGACACAAGGAUCUACAGUCUCGACUUCUGUACUGCAACAUCGCGAACUCCUGCAUUUAUAAAGGGAGCUGGCAUUCUUGGGGUCCGUUUGUAUGUGGCGCAACAAUUCUGGAUUGCCGGGCAGACGCGCAUAUGCGUGUCCUAGCACAGCUUGUUGAUUGCUUCACUGACUUGCCUCCUCGAAUUCCAGAGGCUUACGCCGAAUGCAUGGUCAUCACGAGCCACGCCACUCUUUUCACAUCAACCUUGAAGCUUAUAGCCAUGCUAUCAGUAACCUACAUAGUCUGUGGCCCAACUAACCACAUCCGCAAAUGGUCCAGCAGUCGGGCUAGCUGAAUGUCCUCUUUGAGUAGCAGUUGAUAAGCGAAGCCCAAUAUGUUUUUUUCUUGUGAACUGACUCGACAGUACAUGUGAGAGCUGAUAGUCAGACUCACCAGCCAUGUCUCAAACAUUCAUAUCGGUACCUUGGACUCGUGACAUUUGCACUGACCCUUCAGGAUCCUUGCAGAUUCCGACUGGUCAGGAAUUGGGACUCAACCUCUCAGAUGUCCGUGAACUCUGCAGAGUCUUGAGAGACUGCCACGACAGCAUGAUUAAUACCACUUCACUUGGAGCAGCAUCUUCGUGGUGUUUGAUGAAUCCCUGGGACAAGCCUAUGGUCGCAUUUAUACGACCCCUGCCUAUCACCUCAUUCCUUCGAACCAUAUCAUAUAGUCCUGUCUAUUGAUCAAGCGGUCUAUCAUAUGACCAGCCAUAUUUUGUCAUAAGCGGCGCUUAGAUCGGAUAGACUUUUAUCUCAUGUUUGGUAGCCUAUACUCGCUUCCGAUUCUCUACAAACCAACUCUUGUGGUGGGGUUUACCGUGUUGACCUAUGUUCUGUUGUGCUCAGGCGGAUCCUUGCAGGCCAUGAUGAACUUUCGUAGUCAACAGAGAAACGCAAACCGAUGUUUGGCCAAUUGGGGUUUGUUGUUGCAGAGAACAGACGAGUGCCCGAAUGCUUCUCUGAACCACGACUUCUUAGUAUCAUAAAAUCUAUGCAUUGAGUCCCAAGAUAGUAGUUAAAGAGAUCAACGCUGUUACUCAACUUCUUAGAGAGAAGAAUGGUCUUCAUUCGUCA